CGAACAAAUUGUCACUUAGUGUUUUGUAAUCUGUAUUCACAUUAGAUUUUCUAACCAAAACCAUGAGUUUUGUAUUAUCAUAGUUGGUUAAAUAAAGUCAGUGUAUAUGUAGUCAGUGGAGGUUGGUUAAAGGACACAUGAAAUAUUAUUGCAUUUACCCUUUUGAUAGAAUAAUCGUUAUUAUAAUUUUAAUCAAAAAUAAUCGUGAUUAUCAGUUUGACCAUUAUCGUGCAGCCCUACUUCAAAUGCAUAUGGUUUACAGAAAGCAGCAAAGAAGUACUUUUCUCUAAUAUUAUUCUCUAAUGUAUUUUAAGGUUGAGACAAAGGCCAAAGUCCAUGAUAAGCUGGCGAACAAUCUAAAGAAUGCACUGACAGAGUUGGACCGUCAGUUUGUCCAAAUUUAUGAGAAUCUGGACAAGUGUCUCUCAGAGGGUGUACAAAAUUCAGUGAGAUUAUGUGUUGCUACUGCACAGAAAGAACUGAUAGAACCUGAUAACAGAGAUAAUAGAGGAUUUCAUAAAACACUUAAAGCUCUAUGCAAGAAUAAAGGACACUAUUGGUCAAAAAACUGGUGCAUGAUCCUAGAUCUCAAUGAGUGUUUGGCCACACACAUGCAGGAAAGCAUUUAUGAGGAAUUUAAUCAAAUUUUUCCUGUUAAUGGCGAAACAGAGAGAUCAUUGCAAAAACACCUUGAUAAAGUCAGUAUCAUCCAAAGUGACAAUACAUUCUGCAGAUCGUCUAUGCUAUAUCACAUUCAGAACUUCAUCAAAACACGGGAAAACAAACUGAAGGCGUCACUCGGCAGAAAAGUUAUUAACAGGAAGAAGGAAAUCUACUCAUCAAUCUCAACAACGAUUCGGGAAAAAAUGGGUACUGGCUAUGAAAAAGCUGCAAAAAUACAUGGAAAGAAUACCUUAAAGAAAAUGCAGAAAAUUCUAAGUGAUACCAUUGAGUCAUUAAAAGAUGACAUGUUCAACGAGGCCAAAACCGAGGUCCUUGAGAGAUUCAAUAACUUGAAGCUCGAAAUAAAGGAUGCCUUUGAAUCGGAGAUGAAAAGAUCAAUGGAACCCUUUCAUCUCCACACUGGCAAAACCACUCUUUUGGGUAAGUAAGCUUUUUAAAUCACAUGACAAAAUAUUAAAUUACAGAAUUUUGAUUGUACACAAGAUAAUGAGGAACAGACUAGGGCUGCACUAUAUAUAUAUAUAUAAUAUGAUAAUUUUGUCUAGAUGAUUUAAAUAGCUAUGUUUGUAAAGAAUUAAUAAUUCUAGAAUGAUUUGGUGCUAUUUUGUUGGGGAGUGCAUCUCCAUAGAAAAAAAGCAUGAGAAAAAAAAAAAAGUGCAAACUUCUGUUUAGGGCUGAAUGAUUUGGGAAAAAAUGUGGGUGUAAACAUUUGGGCAUAACUAAAAUCUGUGAAGAGUGCAUCAAAGACAUAUAGCGUCUGCAAAGAGGACAGUUGUGAAAUAAAUUAUAAUUAUUAAUUAAUAAAAAAUAAUAAUUUUAAAAUAAUUUUGGUUACACUUUAUUUUGCACUGUCCUUGUUACAGUGUAAUGACACAUUUAAAGGCAGUUUAGAUUAAAUGGAUCUCAAGCUUACUAGCUGAAUAUGAUUUUCACAGUAAUAUGAAAUCUCACGGAAACUUGCGAGAUCAAAUGUGACUUGUGAAGAA